AUGAUGUGGUCCAACUUCUUCCUGCAAGAGGAGAACCGCCGGCGGGGUGCCGCGGCCCGGCAGCGGGCUCGCGGGCAGCCCAAGGCCCAGAUGACCCCGGAGCGCGAGGGCAAGAUCAAGCUGGCGCUGCUGCUGACCUCCGUGGGCGCCACGCUGGCCGUGCUGGCCGUCGGCACCGAGUUCUGGGUGGAGCUCAACACGUACCGGGACAACGGCAGCGCCGUCUGCGACGCGGCGCACCUGGGCCUCUGGAAGAUGUGCACGAAGCGACUGUGGCAGGCGGACGUGCCCGCGGGCAGGGACACCUGCGGGCCCGCCGAGCUGCCCGGAGAAGCAAAUUGCACUUAUUUUAAAUUCUUCACCACGGGAGAGAAUGCACACAUCUUCCAGAGAACCACAAAGAAAGAGGUGAAUCAGGCAGCUGCAGUGAUAGCAGUGCUAGGCUUGGCAGUUAUGGCCCUGGGGUGCCUCUGUAUCAUCAUGGUGCUCAGCAAAGGUGCAGAGUUCCUGCUCCGGGUUGGAGCCGUCUGCUUUGGCCUCUCAGGCCUGCUGGUCCUCGUCAGCCUGGAGGUCUUCCGGCAUUCCGUGCGAGCCUUGAUGCAGAGGGUCAGCCCCGAGCCCCCCGCGGCCCCGGCCCUGACCUACGAGUACUCCUGGUCCCUGGGCUGUGGCGUGGGGGCCGGCCUGGUCCUGAUGCUGGGCGGUGGCUGCUUUCUGCUGCUCACCCUGCCUCCCGGACCCUGGAGUCCCCUCUGUCCCAAGUGGGGCCAGCGGGCCCCCUAGCGCCACCGUCAUGCCUUCUCUCAGCAACUUCCCAAUGCCCCUCCACCCUCCCCAUCAUCCCCUUUGCAUCUUUCACCCCAUGCCCCAGAGAGACUGUGUUCUCCGGACUAUGGGGCCCACGCUGUUUGCAUAAACCUGCCUCUCCCCCUCGUAAAUACCUUUUUCCUCUGUAAAUAUGUUUUAUUUUCCUCCAUGGCUGGAUUUGGGUUGCUUGGGGGUGGGACGGGGAGAGGAUAUUUUUUUGCAAACGAGGGUCCCCAGGGAAGACUGCUGGGGGCCUGAUGGGGUAACUAGGGGGUGGGGGUAGGUGGGCGAGGUCAGGGGGUCUUGGGACGGAGUUGGACCUUCUCGUUGCCCAGACUGGGAUGUAUUCAGCUGCGGGAGAGACUUCUGGGGAGAGUGGGAAUGGGAGAAUCUCUGGGCCUGACCCGGCUGUGGUCUGAUUUGGGAUUAAAGGUUUGGAAGUUUAACAA